CCAGAUCAUUUCACACUCAGCAGAAUGGCAGACUCUCCUUGUGAAAUGUGUCAUUUGCCAGGAAAGAAAAUCUUGCAGGCUGCUGAGGAGCGCGGCAAGUGGGAGACCAAAAAAGAGUUCAUCUUGAGCGUGGCCGGUGCUAUUAUUGGACUUGGCAAUGUGUGGAGAUUUCCAUAUCUUUGCUACAAGAACGGUGGGGGUGCAUUCUUCAUCCCGUACUUCCUCUUCCUUGUUACCUGUGGGGUUCCUCUGUUUGUCCUGGAAACAUCACUGGGCCAGUACACCAGUCAGGGAGGAAUCAUGUGCUGGAGGAAGAUCUGUCCGUUGUUUGAGGGUAUGGGAUACGCCAGUCAGCUGAUAAUUUUCUAUGGAAACAUCAGCUAUGUUGUGAUUUUAGCCUGGGCAUUCCUUUACUUCUUCUCCUCAUUCUCCGGAAAGUUGCCAUGGGCCAGCUGUAAUAACACAUGGAAUACAGAUCAUUGUGUGGAAAUAAACAACUCUAAUACCACUGUUAACUGGACCUCACCUUUGAAUGCAUCCUCGUCGUCUGUUGUAGAGUUUUGGCGGCGGCGGGUGUUAAACAUAUCCACUGGCAUAGAGACCAUGGGAGGCAUUCGGUGGGACCUUUCAUUGUGCCUUCUGCUGUCCUGGGUCAUCUGCUACUUCUGUGUGUGGAAAGGAGUAAGAUCCACAGGAAAGGCUACCUACUUUACUGCCACAUUCCCCUUCAUCUUGUUGGUGGUGCUGUUCAUCAGAGGAAUGACCCUUCCUGGAGCAUUCCAUGGUAUCAAAUACUACCUGUACCCUGAUCCUUCACGGCUAGCUGACCCACAGGUCUGGAUGGAUGCUGGAACACAAAUAUUUUAUUCCUAUGCCAUUUGCUUGGGUUACAUGACGACAUUUGGGAGCUACAACAAGUACAACAACAACUGUUACAGAGACUCCUUCUAUCUUUGCAUGCUGAACAGUGGGACCAGCAUAAUGUCUGGAUUUGCCAUUUUCUCUGUUCUGGGCUACAUGUCAGUACAGCAGGGUGUUGACAUCUCUGCUGUUGCUGAAUCAGGUCCAGGACUUGUCUUCAUUGUCUACCCCCAAGCUGUCACUCUGCUGCCUUGGCCUCAGGUCUGGUCUGUGUGCUUCUUCUUCAUGAUCAUCUUAUUGGGUAUCGAUGGACAGUUUGCAGGGCUUGAAAGCAACAUGACGUCUUUAACAGAUCUCUACCCUUCCUACCUUCGAAAGGGAUACCGCAGAGAGCUUCUUCUGGUGCUGCUCUGUGUUGUUAGCUCUUUGCUUGGCUUAUUUUUGGUCACAGAGGCUGGAGCGUACAUUCUGCAGAUCUUCGAUCACUACGUGUGCAGCGGCCCCACUCUCCUCCUGAUGGCCAUCUUCCAGUCAGUGAUCAUUGGAUGGAUUUAUGGUGCUAGACGCUUCUGUGACAACAUCGAGGACAUGAUUGGUUACAAACCUCUGCCGCUGUUCAAGUACUGCUGGCUCUAUGUCACCCCUCUUGUUUGCAUUGGAACUCUUGUAUUUCUGCUCCUGAGAUACACCCCAAUGAGGUUCAAUAACACGUAUGUCUAUCCUUGGUGGGCUUACUGGAUUGGCUGGUUUCUGGCCAUGUCAUCGCUAUCUAUGAUCCCAAUUACCAUGAUCUUCAAACUGGCCAAAGAAAAGGGAUCUAUCUGGCAGCGGCUCAAGACAACCUCCCAGCCUGCUGAUGACCUUCCAGGAAUGGAGAAGGAGAUGCAAUGUACCAAUGCAUUGAUGCAUGUUCAGACCGAGGACCAAAAUGACACUAGGUUAUAAAAAGUAUACAUUUUCCACAAACAGAACUUAUAUAUGCACAUAUGUUAAACAAAAUUCAGCUUCAAUAUUCUUAGUAUAUGGUGGCGUGUCAGUUACUAUUUCCAUAUUUUCUAUACACAAUGGUGUUUCUGAGACAUUUUUUUUAAUCCAGCCUUUGAGCAAAGGGUUUGUAGCAAUCUGCCAACAACAACAUCCAGGAUCCCAAACAAGCAGACCUGGAAUCAAAGCAUGAAGACACGAUAAAAUUAUAGAGACCACAUUAUAUUGCUAUUAUGUUCAAUCUGACUAUGUUUGCUUGCUCUCUUGCUCAGAGGUCUAACCCAAAUGAGACCGAAUUACAAAAACACUCACACUGAGAGAGGAGUAGAAGAAGCAGCAAAAACGUAUCAAAAUCUGCCGAUGUAGCACCUUCUUUCAGGGCUGUGGACAUGUGUUCACAUUUUAUGUAAAUGGUAGACUCCUACCAUUGUAAAACAAUGGAAGGAUAAGGUUUUGUAUCAUUUUUUUUUCCUUUCAAUGAUUCCUUCUCCUGGAAUUAAAACUAGGAUGUGGCAUUUACACACCAUGACUUAGAGCACACCUAAACUCAGAUCAGCUAUUUUUAAGUCUUAAAGAAAGAAAAAUUAAGGAAAGGUUUGGCAGUAAACGUCACAGCAUUGGAAAACCUGUAGAUAUCCCUUUAAAGUAUGACAUAUUUAAUGUGGAAAAUGCUUUUGGGUGUUGAGCAGCAGAGUGGAGUUUGUGGACCCAUAAAAAUGUUUUUCAAAAUCCUCUCCUGCUCACGCAACACAGCUUUGGCUGGAGGCAGUGGGAUGGUGUGAGGCGUUCGGCAUUUCCCUCACUGGAUAUGAAGGGCUCGUGGUCAUCAGAGGCAAGAUAAAUAAUAUACGGAUGAGAUUCUGCGACAUGUGGCAAUUCCAUAUCUCUUUGAGAAUGAACUCCGUUCACCAAGAUGUCAAAACUUUCCCCACAAAGCAGCGUUUCUCAGAGACUGCUUCCAGAAUUUGGGAGCGUAGAGGAUGGGAUUGGCUAGCCUUCAGUCCUGACCUCAACCCCAGUGAAGAUUUGGCCGUGCAGCUUGUGCCAGGGUGACAAACACCAACACAUGGCUCUACAUAUGAUAAAUGGUGGGUUGAAGAACAGGAUGCUCUCCCACAACUUUGCCAACAUAAGGAGGAGGUGCCAGGGCUGUGUAUGGCUCUCCCCUUAAGCCAGUGUUUGUUCUAUUAAUGCAUUUCUAAAUCAUUUUGUUUCCUUUCAACUUCAACCAUAUAAUCUAAUAAUGACCCCUAACAAGAGUCGGCAGAAGAAUAAGCUGCAAGUUUUUAUGGUUGCAACCCAUAUUUUCAAAUCUGCUACUCACCCAAUAAAUGCAUUUUCCUUCCAAAUGUGUCACCGUUUAAAGGAAAGUAAACAGGAUUUAAACAGUAUAAAUUUACCGGGGGAAAUAAUACAUUGCUACAACAAAGAAAUAGGUGACCAAACACAAACUUCCUUUAUUUGUGGGGUAAGUUUGUAUUGUAGAGGUUGGUUUGUUUAUAUAUGUGGUGAUUGUUAAUAAUUCAGAAAUAUUCGAGAUAAUCUGUUAAAAGUAGAUGUAGCUUAAUUUAUUUGAUAAUGAAUUUAAAAAAUAUUAGUACGCACUUACAAAAUAUCACUUUGAAAAGUAAUUUUUAAAAACACCUUAAAAGCAGAGACUGGGUUAACUAAUGUUUCUACAAGUUGAGGAGAGAAAUAGGGAUGAUGGGAAUUCCAGCUUUGAGUAACCGACCUAAACAAUACGAGUGAUUUAUGUUUUUUUUUAUUAUUGAGGACCCGAUAUAUAUUUUGCUUUAAGUCCACACUAUUUACAUAGUUAGCUGUGGUUCAGGGUAUAUUUUUAUUUCACCAUAAAGUUACUUGUGGUGACGAGAGGAAAGAAACAAAGACUGCAGCAUUCAUCUAAAAGAUGCAUUUAAAAAGCUUACUGUUUUCUUCACCUUUACAAAAAGAGCCAUGAACAACUAAUGAAAACCUUUUCCCAGUGAGCAAAAGCAAAUAUCUCCUCUUUUUUCAUUUAAAAAAUGUUCUUGAUUAAUAACAUCUGUGGUUUUGUUUUUCGGGGUAAUCUUUGUUUCCUUUUACAGCCCUGGGAAAGGAUUUCAGUCUACGUAUUGUAAUUUGUAUUUAUCCUUUUAGUUCAUUAUUUUUGACUCAGUGGUUUGCUUUUUUUGUCCAAGUCCUCGUCCCUCAAGCUUGACUUUCGGAAAAUGCUUCUUUAGAUUAGGUGCUUAUGCUUUAAUCUACUCAGAGUAACAGUGAUUAAGGACGGUCCACGCUGGCUUCAGGGUAGAUAUUUACCGUUGAUAUGAUUUUUGGAACCCUAAUACCAUUUUAAGAAAAAAAAAAAACUGCUUUGUCUCAUAAAACUUUGUAAAAUUUCUCUUCCAUGUCCUCAUACACGUAAACAGGGAAAUCCAUUUUUAUAUAGAGGACCAAAAACUGCUUUACUUUUUAAGUUUAAAAAGUUAGUAAAACUCCACUUUUUGAAUGUUAAAGCUGCAGUAUUCAUGAGAUUUUGCUACUUGAGCAAAGCUCUGGUAUCCAACUAUUUGCGUUGCAUUCCACAUUCACAGCAGGGGCUAAAUAACAACCGAUGUUCGCUUGCCGCUAAAUAUUCAAGCAUUCACAAUAAGCCAGAAAUACAGCAUCAAUUUAUGCUUGACAGCUCUCUGCAGGGCCCUGAGGAUUUAGGGGCUGACCUGUGUUGACAUUUUCACUCUUGCUUAUGUGUACAACUCGUGCUUCUGUUUUGGUUGCUAAACCCUGCACAGCCCGUCAGUGUGAGGUUGUUCAUCCCUUAGUAGGACGACAGUGGCAGACUGAGGCCAAAACACUGUUGACGGGUUAAGUUUGCUAAAAUAUUUAUAGGAAAUGUUUUACCUUCCUCCAAGUUAAGUAUCCUACAGUAUUGUUUGGACUCCUGAUAAGUACAUGCUGUUUUUGCAGUGUGCUGGAACAUUUUGACUAGCAACUGUGUGUAAAGAGGACAAACUAUAUUGUAGAUAAAAUCGGAACCCCAUUAACAAGGCCUGCUGGCAAUUUAUCUCAAUAUCCUCCAUGGUCACUUAUUUUAACCAGCCACAAUAGCAGAUUGGCAGUCACACAAUUGCAAAUUUACCUUGUGUUUGUAGCUUACAAUAAUACAAAGCUUCAGGUAAAUUAACCUCUAGCCAUGCUUUUCUUUGAUGCUGAUAUUGUUGCAUUUUAAGUGCAGCUUUAAGCCACGGUGCCGUAGAUGUAUUUAGACAUGCCAUGAGGAUCAUACAUACACCACAUAUAUGCUCCAUUUUUGGAGAACUUACCCAAUAAUAAUGUUACAUAAAUACAUACUACGUUCAUCUGACAAUCAGUAUGCAGUGAUUCCCCUUGCCUAAGCAUUCCCAGUACUUAAAGUCGCUGCCACAAUAAAGGACAAAGACCUUAUUUCUGAUUAAUUUGGUUAACCGUCAUUUGACCUUUUGAGGACAAUUCAACGGGUAAUAGUCUAUGCAAACGCUGUGUCUGCACUGGUGAAAAUUCACUCCCUUCAGCAUGCCAAAUGCUUGAAGUGGGUGCUUCAGUGAGUGAGACUGGCCUAUUGUUUGGCUGAUUUAGCUAAUAAUAAUUGGACCACUUAGAAACACUCAAAUAUUGUUCUUAUAGAAUUUAGAUACCUUUAUUGUCCCACAAUGGGGAAAUUCAGACAUUGAAGGUUCAGCCCAAGUAUGGAAAAAAAACAUUAGGAAAGGAUUCUUCAAAUUAUAUGGCUCCUUAUUAUGUCAUUUGACUAAAAUGAUCAUUCAAAAUACUGAUUUAUCAGGAUGGUCCUACUUGGCUUUGGGUAGCAAUCUAAAAUUUAAAUAUUACAUAAUAUAAUCUCAUGUCUCAAGGCGGACUACAAUGUUUUCUUUAAAAUUCUGCUAGUAAUUGUUUAACGACUUGGGGAGCACUCGUGUUAUAGGCUUUGAACUUUAACCCCCUCAAUGGUUGGGUGUUAAUUAUAAGAUAAGAUAAGAUAGUCUUUAUUGAUCUCACAAUGGAGAAAUUCACUCGUCACAUUAUGUAUUGGAAAAGAAAAAAAAGACGAGGCGGUAACGUGACAAAAGUAACACACUCCAAUGUUGUAAUACACAGCAUUAUUUACACCCUUUAUCCUAAUAUCCACAAAAUGUUCAAAACAGGGAAGAAUAAGCAACAUACAUACUUCAUAGAUGUGACAGGCUUUGAUGUUUGUCAAAAUGCAUUUCAUCUCUUAAAGUUUAGACUGAUGAGACCAGAGGUGGCUACUUACUAGUUUUAGUAGUUGUUUUACUGCACUGUACUUUUUACAUUUACUUGAGUCAUAUUAUCACUCAAGUAUCACUACUCUUACUUGAGUAAAA